AAUGGGAACUACUGGGGGAAGUAAAUACGGUGAAUACACAUAUGAGAACCUGGUGAGGGAACAGUACUGGCCUUCCGAAAAGCUUCGGGUUUCCAUAACGGGGGCUGGUGGUUUCAUUGCUUCGCAUAUUGCCAGGCGACUGAAGAGUGAAGGUCACUACAUUAUUGUUUCUGACUGGAAGAAAAAUGAACACAUGACAGAGGACAUGUUUUGUAAUGAGUUCCAUCUUGUUGAUCUGAGGGUGAUGGAUAACUGUUUGAAGGUCACUUCUGGUGUUGACCAUGUGUUCAACCUUGCUGCUGACAUGGGAGGUAUGGGUUUUAUUCAGUCCAACCAUUCCGUCAUUAUGUAUAACAACACAAUGAUCAGCUUUAACAUGCUCGAGGCAGCGAGGAUCAAUGGAGUUAAGAGGUUCUUUUAUGCAUCUAGUGCUUGCAUUUACCCUGAAUUUAAACAGUUGGACACUAGUAAUGUGAGCUUGAAGGAGUCUGAUGCUUGGCCUGCGGAG